AUGGGAGCUCAAUUAUUGCGAACGGGCAGACUGCCCGCAGUCAGGUCACUUGCCUCUUCUGUUGCACGACCCUCAAUAGCGCGCCGUCAUCUCGCAACACAAGCCGAUGCCUCUACCACGCCCUCGGCAUCAGACCUGGCCAGCCGCACCCCGCCAUACCCCAAGCUGCUGCAACGACUACACCAGGUCCGCCGUAUCCUGCCCGACCGUCCCCUCACACUCGCCGAGAAGAUCCUCUAUUCACAUCUCGAGUCACCCGAAGAGUCCCUCCUGACCGGAACAAACAAUGGCGCCGACAUUCGUGGAAAGGCCAACCUCAAGCUCAAGCCUGACAGAGUCGCCAUGCAAGAUGCUUCUGCACAGAUGGCCCUUCUGCAGUUCAUGUCGUGUGGCCUGCCCACCACUGCUGUCCCGGCCAGUAUUCAUUGCGACCACAUGAUUGUCGGAGAAAGAGGUGCAGACGUCGACUUGCCCCAGUCAAUCAAGGGCAACAAGGAGGUCUUUGAUUUCUUGGAGAGUGCGGCAAAGAAGUAUGGCAUCGAGUUCUGGCCUCCGGGUGCUGGCAUCAUCCACCAGAACGUGCUCGAGAACUACUCGGCCCCUGGUCUGAUGAUGCUCGGAACAGACUCGCACACUCCCAACGCUGGUGGUCUUGGUGCUAUUGCCAUUGGUGUUGGUGGUGCCGAUGCUGUUGAUGCCUUGGUCGACGCUCCCUGGGAACUCAAGGCUCCCAAGGUGCUCGGUGUCAGACUCACAGGUCAGCUCAGUGGUUGGGCCAGUCCCAAGGACAUUAUCCUCAACCUUGCCGGCCAGCUCACAGUCCGUGGUGGUACUGGCUACAUUGUCGAGUACUUUGGUCCCGGUGUCGAGACUCUUGCCACGACCGGCAUGAGCACACUUCACANNGUGGGUGCUGAGAUCGGCGCAACCACGUCCAUCUUCCNNCCCUUCACAAAGGCUCACGUCCCUUACCUUCACGCAACUCACCGUGGUCCCAUCGCCCUGGCUGCCGAGACCAUCGCCAACUCUCCUGGACCCCACAACCUCCUUCGCGCUGAUGAUGGCGCUCACUACGACAAGGUCAUCGAGAUUGACCUCAGCACUCUCGAGCCCCACGUCAACGGCCCCAUGACCCCUGACCUCUCCACUCCCCUGUCCAUGUUCCGCGAAACCGUCAAGGCCAACAACUGGCCCGAGACUCUUGGCGCUGGUCUGAUCGGCUCAUGCACAAACUCUUCCUACCAAGACAUGACCCGUGCCGAGUCGCUAGUCAAGCAGGCCACAGCUGCUGGGCUUCAGCCCAAGGCCGACUUCUUCAUUACCCCGGGUAGUGAGCAGGUCCGCGCAACUCUCGAGCGUGACGAGACCUUGAGCACUUUCAACGAUGCCGGUGGUGUUAUCCUUGCCAACGCUUGCGGUCCUUGCAUUGGUCAGUGGACCCGUACCGACGGUGUUGAGAAGGGAACCGAGAACGCCAUCUUCACUUCUUACAACCGCAACUUCCGUGGUCGCAACGAUGGAAAUGUCAAGACCAUGAACUUCCUCGCCAGUCCCGAACUUGUUACUGCCAUGGCCUACAGCGGCAGCACUACCUUCAACCCCAUGACCGACUCUAUCCCUCUUCCCAACGGUGGCGAAUUCCGCUUCAACCCGCCCCAAGGCCGCGACUUGCCUUCUACUGGCUUCGCUCAAGGCAACCCCGAGUUCCUCCCCACUCCUGGUCAGGCCGAUGCCAGCGUCGAGGUCAAGGUUGACCCCAACUCGACUCGCCUUGCUCUCCUCGAGCCUUUCGCCCCCUUCCCUCAAACUGAGCUCGACGGUCUCCGCGUCCUCGUCAAGGUCAAGGGCCAGUGCACAACCGACACCAUCUCGGCCGCCGGCCCCUGGCUCAAGUACAAGGGUCACUUGCCCAACAUUGCCGAAAACACCCUCAUCGGCGCCAUCAACGCCGAGACCGGCGAGACCAACAUCGUCUACGAUGUCAACGAUACAGAGUCCCGCAGCAACGGCAUGGGAAUCCCCGCUCUGGCCAAGAAGUGGAAGGAGCAAGGUAAGGAAUGGCUCGUCGUUGCCGAGCACAACUACGGCGAGGGCUCUGCUCGCGAACACGCUGCCCUGCAACCUCGCUACCUCGGUGGCCGCAUCAUUCUCUCCAAGUCGUUUGCUCGUAUCCACGAGACCAACCUCAAGAAGCAGGGUGUGGUGCCAUUGACUUUCGUCGACGAAGCUGAUUACGACAAGAUGGCUGCUUGUGAUGAAGUUCGCACAGAAGGUCUUCUUGACGUCCUUAACUCUGGCGGCCAAGGCAAUGUUACCCUUGUCGUCAAGACUAAGGCUGGUGAGGAGAUCAGAGUCGCUACCAAGCACACUCUUUCCAAGGACCAGUGUGCGUUUGUGCUUGCCGGCUCGGCCUUGAACUUGCUCGCUGCUAAGGCUGGCAAGGGACCUUCUGCAUAA